AUGUCACCUUCUUCUACAUCCACGGAACCUCCGACGGAUACUUCAAUGGCGAUAGUGACUUUCGAUAAGUCCACUGCUCAAUUCUCUUCGUCUCCAUCGCCUCCACAUUCGCUUGACCACUCCAGCGAAUCGGAGAAAGACGAGAAAUGUAUACCCAAGAGUCGGAGAACCAAGAAUCCGGCGAAGGAAGAAGCCGCCAAAGCCGAGGAAACUCCAUCUCCGAUUGUGGUGGUUCACAAUCACAACCAAAACCACAAUCCUUCUUCUUCUGUUAAAGAAUUCGUUCCUCCGGUGACGAAGACGAAGAAGAGUGCGCGUGUGGGCUCCGGGAGAAGCAGCGGUGGCCAACAACGAUCUGGAGCUGUGUUGGCUAUUCUGAGGAGGUCGAAGAGGGAGCAAGUAGUAAAGUUCUCAGCUUUAGGGUUUCGGCUAAGCGAAGUCGUGCUUGCUUUGAUUUCUUUCUCAGUCAUGGCCGCUGAUAAAACCAAAGGCUGGAGCGGCGAUUCUUUCGAUCGUUACAAGGAGUACAGGUUUUGUCUGUCAGUGAACGUGGUUGCAUUUGUAUAUUCAGCUUUUCAAGCAUGUGACUUAGCAUUCCAUCUUGUCAAAGAGAAGCACUUGAUCAGCCACCACCUUCGUCCUCUGUUUGAGUUCAUCAUGGAUCAGGUACUUGCAUACCUGCUUAUAUCUGCAUCAACAGCAGCAGUGACUCGUGUUGACGACUGGGUUUCAAACUGGGGGAAAGACGAGUUCACGGAGAUGGCGAGUGCGUCGAUCGCUAUGUCCUUCUUGGCCUUCCUUGCCUUUGCUUGCAGUUCCCUCAUCUCAGGGUAUAACCUCUUUAACCAAGACUCUCUCUGA